ACGGACACACAGCACAGUCACGGUCACAGAAAACAUACUGACUUAUAUCAUCGAUGUGGAACGUUAACAUUCAAGUGAUUGUAAUAUUAUAAUAGAUUGUGUUGUAAGAGUGUUAUACGCGGAGUGAGUGACAGUGAGCUCCGGAGAAGCUGCACCAUGUCCAGCUCGCGCCGCACAGCCUACACCAUAGACAGCAUCCUCGGACGACAGACGACCGAAGGCGUCGAGUUGAAAAGCGAAGGCGUGCACUCUGACUCGGAUCACGAACACGAACAGGAACACGAACAUGAACACGAACACGAGCACGAGCACGAACACGAGCACGAACACGAGCCGAACGUCGAGCCGGGGCGAGCAGACCACGAGCCGCUAGAAGCACUUGACGCCGGGAGACCACGCAAGCAGGUGCGCCGCAGUCGGACCACCUUCACCACCUACCAGCUUCACGAGCUGGAGAGAGCCUUCGACAAGACGCAGUACCCGGACGUGUUCACUAGAGAGGAGCUCGCACUACGUCUGGACCUCAGCGAGGCGAGGGUUCAGGUGUGGUUCCAGAACAGACGCGCCAAGUGGCGUAAAAGAGAGAAGGCACUGGGGAGAGAACACGCGCCUUUCCUGCAUCACGAACAUGGUGUGGGGGAGUGGGGCGGCGGCGGGGAAUGGUGGCUCGGUCUGGGCGCUCCACUGUGGCACGACGCGCCUCCCGCCGCAGCCUUCAGAGCUUUACUUCACAGGUACGUGCUGGCGCUGCCUCCGCCGGCCGCGAUCUCCCCCCCUGCUCGGUCUCCCCCGCCAUCCCCAGCUCGUAGCUCUCCUCCCCGGCCGGUAGCCCCAAUGGCGCCCGCGCCGCUCUCGGAGCCACUACGCCUACUACACGACCGCUACAGCCGCGUACACACGUAG